AUGGGUUCUACAGCAGCAUAUCAAGUUUCCGAGCAAUGGCUUGGACAACCAAGGCCCGUUCGGGUGGUGAUGAUAGGGGCUGGAAUCGGGGGCAUCGCUGCCGUAAAGCUCUUUAACGAAAUAUUCAAAAACCGCCCAACAAGUCUUGUAAUAUAUGAGAAGAAUCACGAUGUGGGAGGAACUUGGCUAGAAAACCGAUAUCCAGGUUGCUCUUGUGAUAUCCCUGCGCAUGGAUAUACUUACUCAUGGGAGGGAAAUCCAUCUUGGUCUAAGCCCUAUGUUGGAUCAGAAGAGCUCUUUGAGUACUUCAAAGGCCGCGCACAAGCCUACGGAGUAUUUGAGCUUGUUCACUUUAAGCAUCGCGUUACUGAAGCAAAGUGGAAUAGCUUGAUUGGCCGAUGGCAGCUUAAGAUUGAGAAUUCAAAUUCCGAGAUAAUCGAGGAUGAGUGCGAGGUCCUUAUUAAUGCUGGGGGAUUCCUUAACAAAUGGAAGUGGCCAGAAAUCGAGGGUAUUAACACUUAUAAAGGGUUUUUAGUUCACUCCGCAGCCUGGGAUUCUAACUACUCCUUUAAAGGAAAGACUGUUGCUGUGAUUGGGUCUGGUUCAUCUGCUAUUCAAAUUGUGCCAAUUAUACAAAAGCAAGCAAAGUUAAUGGUUUCCUUUAAUCGCUCCCCAACGUGGAUAACUCCAGAAUUUGCCUCUGAGUUUGCUCCUGAGGGUCGAGACUCUGUCUUUUCUAAGGAACAAAAAGCGCAAUGGAUUAAUAAUCCUAAUGAAUUUCUGAAAUUCCGAAAAGAAAUUGAGAACUCUGCAAACCAAUUUUUUAAUCUCCAGUUUAAGGAUACCCCUUUACAAGAGAAGCUCUACCAAAAUUCUAGAGAGGUAAUGGAGAAGAGGUUAAAUGGGAAAAAGGAGCUAGCGUCGAAAUUGAUACCUACUUUCGCAGUAGGAUGUCGAAGAAUGACGCCCGGCCAUGGAUAUUUAGAGGCUCUAGCCUCAGACAAUGUUGUUGUGAGAAGCGAUGCAAUUGCGCGUAUCACACCAACUGGAAUUGAAAUGGUUGAUGGUACUCAACUUACUGUUGAAGCUAUUAUCUGCGCCACAGGCUUUGAUAAUUCAUACCGCCCAUCAUUUACUAUUAUUGGAGAGAAUGGGAAGGAUCUAAGAGAAGAAUGGAAAGAUGAGCCCCGUUCAUAUCUCUCCGUGGCAGUAGCCGGAUAUCCAAAUUACUUUAUGGCUACCGGCCCAAACUUUCCUCUAUCAAACGGCUCUUUGAUAGCAUGUUUAGAGGAAACAUUGAAAUAUGCUUUUAAAGCAGUUGAUAAAAUACAAACUCAAGGAGUUAAGUCUUUAUCACCUACUCGCGCUGCUAUAGAUGAUUUCCAAGCGCAUAAAGAUAAAAUGAUGGAACAAUUAGUAUGGACUUCAUCAUGUCGUUCAUGGUACAAAAACGGCACUAUUAAUGGUAAAGUCUGGGGGCCGUAUCCCGGAUCAGUGCCACAUUUUUUGGAACUCUUGAGUGUACCUCGUUGGGAAGACUUUGAAAUAAAGUAUAAGACUUCUAAUAGGUUUCAAUAUCUUGGAAAAGGGAAGACAUAUCGAGAAGUGAGUGGCGGAGAUUUAUCAUGGUAUAUCACUGAGCCAGGAGCAAAUCUUGCUGCCUGA